AUGUCUUGGGAUCCAGACACUAUCAAAUAUCCUGCAAAUGACCCCGCCAUCGUAUUAUCUGUGUCAGAGGAUGCGUAUGAGCUUAUAGCCCUCAAAGAUCCAUUAGCUUUGUAUGUGGAAAACGCAGUUGUGGAGAAGAGCAUUAAGCAUGAAAACGCGAGUGCCAGUCAACCGAGCGAAUGUUACCUUUUCACUCAUAGUCUCAAUACUGCUGGAUCGGCUACAAACCCGUUGAUAAUUGGUACUCCGGGGUUGGCCGGGACAUAUACCCAACCGAAUGGUAUUCAGGGAGGGGUUCUGGAGAUAUAUGUCCAGACUUUGAAGCUUGAUGCUGUUAAACGCCUCCGUCUGCAAGCGCAUGGGGGUCACGGCCACAAUCAAAUCACUGGGGAACCAAUUCCCGAUAUUGGAAAGGCUGGAGGAGAUGGUGGUGAUGGCGGGAAAAUCACGAUAUAUGUCGGGAGUCAGUUCAAGGAAGCUUCGGACCGCGUUCAAGCUGUCCUUGAUAAAAUUAUAGAUGAGCAUUACCACUGGCCCGCGGACUUUACGAACGAUGUGAAUAAACUCAUGGAGUGCGUAUUGGCAGAAGACGUUCAAAAAGUACAUCAAAUGCCACCAUCCAUGCGAACGGCUGAAGAUGUCUUGAAAGUGUCCAAAGAGAGCAUUACGCACGAGUUGAUAGCACUGUUGACGGCCCUACAGAGACCGGAGGAUGAGCUUCUAGCGGAACUCUCUCAAAUUGCCAAUGUAGAUGGAGGGGCCUAUGGGGUGGGAGGAAAAGGUAAAAAGGAGGAUGGUAAAAACGGCAAGGCGGGCAAGGAAGGAACUCUCUCAAUUAUCAGAGCUGGAGACUAUCCCGAAAUAUGCAAGAGAAAAGUCUGCUUUGCUCACCCAAUUCAGUGCCGCAUGCUUCUAGACAAGGCAAAUCUUCUGUGGUUUUGUGGAACGCUCAGACAGAAAGCUCAGGGUGUCAUCAUCCUUGAACGAAUCCUGAAAAGGCUUGAAUUUCUGGACUUUAAACCCGCACAACAGAGUCAUGCUGAGGAACCCCUAUGGUCAGCGUAUCGGGCGGCUGAGUACGGUUUGUUUCUCACUAGUGGCCCCAAGGAUGAAGAACCAGCAUCUAUUCAACAGCUGCGCGCAAUCAAGACAGAAGCUGAGGCUGCUCUGAUACAUAUUCGAUCCGGCGAUGACUAUUACGGUGGCAAGUCUGGAGAUGUGCGACUAGGGGCGCGUAAAGUGCCUCGGGCGUCCUUUAAAUUCUACCAGGAGACAGCAGCAUAUUUCGUGGAGUACCUGGCAAAGGCCGAGGACACUUACCGCAAAUGCUUGAGCAGCUCAAAGGAUGAGGAAGCAAAAAGAGAAGCUGUAAGAAAGAGAAUCAGCAUGUGUGAAACCGUAGCACAAAAUGCGAAUACUAUGAUUGCUGAAGCAAAGAAAGAUCUCGUCAAAAGUGGAAUGGCAAUCCGGGUCCGCAAUGAAGCCAUCAAACCCGCCAGAGAGAGACUCGAGAAGGAGCUUGAAACUGUGAUGGAUCUUAUUCGGAAGCAAUUUGGUGCAAAUUUCCAGGACCUGCUAGAUGCUUUGGGUCAGGUAAUAUUUGUUCACGGUUCCUGGCCUAUGGUUGGACUCCAGGGGGUUGAACUUUUGAACAAAGGGAUAUCACAGAUCGAGAGCGAUACUGGAGUUAAGGUCAACAAGGACUACUUGAUCAAAAAGAUUCAUGACAUAAGUAAUACCAUUGAAAGCCUCGACGAAGGGUAUAACGUGCUGAAAAAAGACGGAUCACUGGACUUGUACGAUCCGGGAGCAGCCAAACUCAUCAUUUUAGAAACGGAGACCAUGAAGCUUCUUAACGAAUUCUCCUUCAAGUUGGGCUUGGAACCCCUCAAAGAGGUCAAAAAGAGAUUUGAUGCGUAUAUCGACGCUGUACAGAAGCGAAAUAACGCAGUGUUGUCCUACAAUGUGGCGCUGGCCCUACUCCUCAAGUACGAAAUGGAAAUUGAAUCUUUAAGGGCACUGAAGGGGGAAUUGGAGAGAGAGGCAAGCAAUUUGGAGGCAGCGCACCCUACAAUGCAGGCUUUUCUCAAGAAAUUAUAUGGAGAUUCCAUCCAGAUCGCACAGCUCUGGCUGUAUAAAACUCAGCAGGCCUAUUGUUUUGUUGCCUUGAACAACGAGAAUGUGAUUGGGAAAGCAAUGGCCGACUUCAAUUUUUCGAGUUUUGAUUCAGAUAUGCUGAGAGCUGUCCACGCAAGUCUAUCUAACCGAUACCGAGACCAUACGGAAAGCAUGGGACAAAGCACUCAAGUUUACUCGGGUCUCAAGUAUCAUUUAAAGGAACGGGAUGUGAGAAUUCUGCAAAGCGGUGGAGAUAUGGGCGUAAUACUGGACGUCUACAUCUCGACCAAUCCGCCCACCGAUGGGCCAGAUGUCUUCUUCCGUCGAGCAGACGUCCGGCUGACAAAAGUGCGGUUCUUUGCAGUUGGAGUAAGCACUAGUGACGAUAGGCUUGACGUGGUUAUCACACACAGCGGCAAGGAGGCCAUAUUAGACAAAGAAGGAACCCGAUACGAAUUUGAUCAUGAUCCUCUUGUGGUCGGGUUCAAGUAUGAUACCACUAAGAUGAAGGCUGAGGGGCCGGAUACAUCGGACGGAGACAUUGCAUCAGCGAACGACGACAAGUAUGCUUUAGUUGGGCCCUUUACAAGCUGGAGAAUUGAGAUUUUAUCGGAGUCAAACAAGGAUUUGGACUUGUCUGAUGUCUCAGCCGCCUACUUCGAAUUUGAUUUUCGGUAUCGAGAGAUGCCUAUGGAAUACUAG